CGUCUAAACCCGGAAGUACCGCCAAAACUGUAGCCGUCGCUAUUUUCAAAACAUGUACAGACAUGACGGCCGAGCGAGACCGUUUCAGUGAGAUUGUCACUUUACGGCGGCGAUUAGGGACAUUUUAGACUUAUAUCAUUCGACUUUACAACAAACGACUGUUUUCUUACCAAGUUCCCAUUCAGUAGGAUGGACAAUGGGGUCGCAUCCACCAGGGAAGAGGGCUUCCUCUCCAGGAUGGCUCUCAAUGACAACAAGGCUGGUAUGGAGGGUCUGGACAGGGACAAGAUCAACAAGAUCAUCAUGGAGGCAUCGAAGGGAUCUAAGUUUUACGAGAAUGAGCUGAAGAGAGAGCAGCAGGUCAACCAGCGCAUCGAGAAAAUGAUGCAACAAAAGGCACAGAUCACAGAGCAGCAAUUAAAGAAAGCACAAGUCCAGGUGGACAGGAUGGCCGCGUCGCUGGAGAGGAGUCGCGAUCUGAGCCGCGUGAUUGUGCACGUGGACAUGGACGCUUUCUACGCCGCUGUGGAGAUGAGAGACUGUCCUGAGCUGAAGGACAAGCCCAUGGCAGUGGGAUCCAUGAGUAUGCUGUCAACGUCUAACUACCAUGCCAGGAAAUAUGGUGUCCGAGCUGCGAUGCCUGGAUUCAUUGGAAAGAGGCUCUGCCCCAACUUAGUCAUCGUUCCAACUAACUUUGACAAAUACAGAGCUGUGAGCGACGAGGUCCGGGAGAUUUUCGCAGACUAUGACCCUCACUUCCAGCCGAUGAGCCUGGACGAAGCCUAUUUAGAUUUUACAGAUCACCUGGAGCAGAGGCAGCACUGGCCAGAGUCCUCACGCACACACCGCUUCCGCACCACAGAAGUAGAGCCGACUGAGAUUCCUCAGGAGGUGGCGCCAGAGACGAAGGACCUCUCUCCAGUCCUGUUUGAGGACAGCCCGAGCUCCUCUCCCUGCCUGCCGGACUCUGGAGGCGUUAGUGCUGCUGCCGGCGGUGCGUUCGAGGUGUUCGGGACGUCUGUUGAGGAGGCUGUGAGAGAGAUGCGCUUCCGCAUUGAGCAGAAGACCAUGCUGACUGCCAGUGCAGGAAUCGCUCCGAACAUGAUGCUCGCCAAAGUGUGCAGUGACAAGAACAAGCCCAACGGCCAAUACCGACUGCCCUCCACCAGAGAGGCUGUCAUGGACUUCAUCCAGAAUCUUCCAGUUCGCAAAGUUUGUGGCAUAGGGAAGGUGAGCGAGAAGAUGCUGAACGCUCUGGGCAUCAGCAGCUGUCUCCAUCUCGGCCAGCAGAUGGCGCUGCUGUCGUUGUUGUUCUCUGAGACGUCCUGGCAUCAUUUCAUGCAGGUUUCUCUGGGCCUGGGCUCCACAUUUAUACCAAGGCACGAAGAAAGAAAAAGCAUGAGCACAGAAAGGACAUUUAAAGAGCUGAGCAAACCUGAGGAGCAGCUGUCUCUUUGCAAGGAGAUCUGUGAAGACUUAGCAGAAGACAUGAAGAGGGAAGAACUGAAGGGUAAAACCGUAACCCUGAAGCUCAAGAACGUGAACUUCGAGGUGAAAACCAGAGCCCUGACGCUGCCGUACGCUGUUGCCACAGUGGAUGAGAUCUUUGCGGUUGCUAAGGACCUGCUGAAAACGGAAAUAGAAAAUGAAAGCCCCCAGCCACUCAGGCUGAGGCUCAUGGGUGUUCGGAUUUCUGCCUUCGUCGCUUCGGAUGAUAAAAAGCCCCUGCAGAAGAGCAUCAUUGGCUUCCUUCAACCGGGCAAGACGGAUCCUGCUGGUUCCUCUCAAGUAACGCCUCAAAACCUCGAAAAGGAGCAGUUGGCCGGUCACCCCUUUAAAAAUCAGCCAAGUUUGUGUCCUCCGCCGGCGGCGGACAAGUGCCAGAGGCAGGAGGACGUUCCUUGGCGGAGUAAGCAGAGGCAGUUAGAGAGGAACCAGGCUGGUGAGGAACCCCAGCAGUCUUUCUUCCAAAGGGCUUAUGCCAAAAGGCUGCAACUGCAGGCGGAGAGAGAGAGCCCGCAGAAGGAAGAACGUGAGGAAAACAGUCCUACAGUUACGACUACAGACACUCGUCCUAAAGAGGACGAAGAGUCGUCAGUAAAACCAAACAAGAACGACCGUGCAACCUCAGAUCUUCCGGAAAACGUCUUUAUUUCUCCCGCACAGGCCCACGCAUCCACCUCGGGCUGUGGUGGGACACAGUCAGACACCCUCACGUGUCCCGUGUGUUUCAGGCAGGUGGACACGACCGACCUAAACGUCUUCAACAGGCACAUAGACGAUUGUCUCAGCGAUGCCUCCAGAAAACCGAAGCGGAGCGCAGUGUCGGACUCGGACUCAGAUUUGGACGACCGUAAAGAACGCGGAGCGGCAGAGGAAAAGCGAGAAAGAGAAGAACCGGAACGCGGCGAAGAGUCGAACAGAGCUCGUCCCCAGGAAGCCCAGCGCAGUGUAAAGAACGAGUCUGUUCAGAGGGUCCUGUUGAUUAAUGGCGACAACAACAAACCAGAUACUUCCCCCCAACAGGCCGGGUCGAAGUGCGACAGCAGCGGCCCCGUCCUCGUCUGCCCGAUAUGUCAGCUGACCCAGGACACGGACGACCUCGCCGUCUUCAACCGCCACGUCGACCUCUGCCUGAACCAGGAGGUCUUACAUCAGCUGGAGGGACGGACGCCGUCCUCCACAAACCCGUCUCCGGUUAAAAACAACAAGACCACAGACAGGGGACAUCACCUGCCAAGGCAAGCAAGCAAAGGGAAAAGCAAAAGACGGGACCCGCCUUCCUCUCCUCCUUCUAAAAAGCCCAAAAGCCUCGGUCGCUGCAACACCAUCGACAAGUUCUUCAGGUCAUAGUCGCCCGCCGUCGUCUGCGUGGACUCAGAGGGUUUUCCUCCUCCUCUUUCCUGCUAUGGACCCUGCAGCACAGCCCUCACGGUGUUUGCACACAAAGCCAUAUUGACCGUUUCUGCACAAAAAUCUAGAUUGCUGAGAUAAGGAGCCAAAACUUGCACUAUUAUGCUAUAUUUCUCUUUUUUCAAAGCUAUAAAGAAAAUGAUGAUGACAUAUUUUUGGUACCAAGUAAGUGAAUGAAUGUAACCUAAGCCUAAUAUAUAACAUGUGCUAAAUAGAAGAUGAAGUUGUUUUCGUACAGGAUAGUUUUAAAUUGGUGUCUAUUAAAUUAUUUUAUUUCCAGUUGUAUUUAUUGUGUCAGUGAUGACACUUUAUUGCUUUUAUAAUGAAGGUAAGAAGAUUCUGUCACAUGAACUGUUGCAAUAAAUUUCUAUUCUG